AUUUGACAAAGAACUGCUCCACCAGCAAGACGAUGCGACCGAUUUUUUCGCAAAUUGUGACCUGCCAUGGAGGAACGAAGAACAGAUUUGAGGAGCAACGGAGACAACAGAUUUGAGAUAGAUGUACUUGUUGACAUGAUGUCUCAUUGCGAUGAUGGUACGAAGAGGAGAUAAAGGAAAAUGAUACGCAGACCACAUACGAAGUAAGUACUUACAUAUUAUUCACUGUACUACUACUAACUAAUGUGGAAACCACAUCCCAAGCACCGUGCGAAAACGCAAAUUCUCCACGGCUAGUAGAAUUCGUACGUAAAAAUGAAUAACAUAACGUGACACAAGAUACUUGCCGACAUAUUAAAUUGCCUAAGCAGUUAGAUGGUGUGUGCAAGUAGUAUUUUAUGUAUUUUUCCGAGAAAUUCCUACCCCAAAAAACGCGCAAUUUACGACGCUUACGCAAGAUAGAACAUCUACUAUUCCGGUCGUCAGACGAUGUAUGACGAGAAGAUGAUACAAAAAAUUUUCGCACAACACGCACUUUUUUGCAAACUACAUCAUAAUGAAGCAGAUCGACCUCGAUUCUGAAGGAAUACAGACCAUUUCUUCUUUG